AUGGCAAAUAGCACAACCAAACCCGUGUCAGCAGCAACGCUGCUUCGACAGAAGCUGGAAUCAGGAUCCUUCAUCCUUGCUCCGGGUGUGUAUGAUGGUUUCUCGGCCCGAAUUGCCCUGUCUGUCGGGUUUGAUGCGCUGUAUAUGACCGGCGCAGGAACCACCGCCUCCAUGCACGGCCAGGCCGACCUGGGCAUCGCAACGCUGAACGACAUGCGCGCCAACGCCGAGAUGAUCGCCAACCUGUCGCCGUCAGUCCCGCUCAUCGCCGACGCAGACACGGGCUACGGCGGCCCCAUCAUGGUCGCCCGCACGACCGAGCAGUACGCCCGCUCCGGCGUCGCGGCGUUCCACAUCGAGGACCAGGUCCAGACCAAGCGCUGCGGCCAUCUCGGCGGCAAGAUCCUCGUCGACACGCCCACCUUCGUCAGCCGCAUCCGCGCCGCCGUCCAGGCCCGCCAGCGCAUCGGCAGCGACAUCGUCGUCAUCGCCCGCACCGACGCCCUGCAGAAGUACGGCUACGACGAGAGUCUGGCCCGGCUGCGUGCCGCGCGCGACGCCGGCGCCGACGUCGGCUUCCUCGAGGGCGUCAGGUCCAAGGAGGAGGCGCGCCGCAUCAUCAAGGACCUCGCGCCGUGGCCCAUGCUGCUGAACAUGGUCGAGCACGGCGCCACGCCCACCAUCUCCGCCGCCGAGGCCCAGGAGAUGGGCUUCAAGAUCAUGAUCGUCCCGUUCGCCGCGCUGGCGCCCGCCUACACUGCCAUCAAGCAGGGCCUGGAGCGGCUGAAGCAGACCGGUCUGCCCGGCACGGGGUCCGAAUUGACGCCGCAGGCUCUGUUCCGCGUCUGCGGUCUGGACGAGAGUGUCCGUAUUGACGAGGCGGCUGGAGGGUCGAAUUUCGAGGGAGGUGUCGACCUGCCGAAGUAG